UUUGUUGCUGAUUUUCCAUAAAUUUAGGCCGAUCCUGUAGGCAUUAACUAGGUCCCAGGGACCGAGACCUGGGGUGCUGGCGCCAGCAGGGUUCCUGAGGAGGGAGCGGGGGCCAGCGCCGGGUUCGGGCCGGCUCAGGCCGCGUGCGUGCAGCGUGUUCGCCGCCGGCCGGGUUCCAGUCCGGGCUGGAGUUGGGGUCCAGGUAUACAAAACAAUGGAGUAUAUGACAGAAUCCACCGACCGCAGCCCUGGACACAUCUUGUGCUGUGAGUGUGGUGUCCCAAUUAGUCCAAAUCCUGCCAAUAUUUGUGUGGCCUGUUUGCGAAGUAAAGUAGACAUCAGCCAAGGUAUUCCCAAACAAGUCUCGAUUUCUUUCUGCAAACAAUGUCAAAGAUAUUUUCAGCCACCAGGAACUUGGGUACAGUGUGCUUUAGAAUCCAGGGAACUUCUUGCUUUGUGUUUGAAAAAAAUCAAAACUCCUCUGAGUAAGGUACGCCUUGUAGAUGCGGGCUUUGUUUGGACUGAGCCCCAUUCUAAGAGACUUAAAGUUAAACUGACUAUUCAAAAAGAGGUGAUGAAUGGUGCUAUCCUUCAGCAAGUGUUUGUGGUGGAUUAUGUUGUUCAGUCCCAAAUGUGUGGAGAUUGCCACAGAGUAGAAGCCAAGGAUUUCUGGAAGGCCGUGAUUCAAGUCAGGCAAAAGACUUUACACAAAAAAACAUUCUACUAUCUGGAACAGUUGAUUCUGAAAUAUGGAAUGCAUCAGAAUACACUUCGUAUCAAAGAGAUUCAUGAUGGUCUGGAUUUCUAUUAUUCCUCAAAACAACAUGCUCAGAAGAUGGUAGAAUUUCUUCAGUGUACGGUUCCCUGUAGAUACAAAGCUUCACAAAGACUGAUCUCUCAGGAUAUUCAUAGUAACACAUACAAUUACAAAAGCACUUUUUCUGUGGAAAUUGUUCCAAUAUGCAAGGAUAAUGUUGUCUGUUUGUCUCCAAAACUGGCACAAAGUCUGGGAAAUAUGAACCAGAUCUGUGUAUGUAUUCGCGUAACCAGUGCCAUCCACCUCAUAGAUCCAAACACCCUACAAGUUGCAGAUAUUGAUGGGAGCACUUUCUGGAGUCAUCCUUUCAAUAGUUUAUGCCAUCCCAAACAGUUAGAGGAGUUUAUUGUGAUGGAAUGCAGCAUCAUUAGAAAUGUAAAACGCAAUGCAGGUGCUGGAAUGAUAUCAAAAAAGCAUACCCUCGGGGAAGUCUGGGUACAAAAAACAUCUGAAAUGAAUACAGAUAAACAGUACUUUUGUCGCACUCAUUUGGGACACCUUCUAAAUCCUGGAGACCUGGUAUUGGGAUUUGAUUUGGCUAACUGUAACUUAAAUGAUGAGCAUGUCAACAAAAUGAACUCAGAUAGAGUUCCAGAUGUGGUACUAAUCAAGAAGAGCUAUGACCGCACCAAACGCCAGCGUCGUAGAAACUGGAAACUGAAAGAACUUGCAAGAGAUAGAGAAAACAUGGAUACAGAUGAUGAAAGGCAGUAUCAAGAUUUCCUUGAAGAUCUUGAAGAAGAUGAGGCAAUUAGAAAAAAUAUCAACAUCUAUAGAGAUUCAACUAUACCUGUGGAAAGUGACACAGAUGAUGAAGGAGCACCUCGAAUUAGUUUGGCUGAGAUGCUUGAAGAUCUUCAUAUUUCCCAAGAUGCCACUGGUGAAGAAGGUGCAUCAAUGAUGACAUAAUGAGAUCAUGUUAUAGACUGUACUAUCUGUGGCUCAGGAAGUUGGAACAAAAUGAUCUUUACUGUGUAUUGCUUCUAUGCUUCCAUAUUUCAGGAGGAGAAAUUUAGUUUUAAAUGUGAAUAAAUAAAACUCUUUUGAUUGUUUAAGCAUUAAAAAGAUUUGAUAGUUUUGAAGUUCUAGAUAAUAAAAGAUUAGGGAGAAUAUAAUUGUUGCUGAUAUUUGGGCCAUUUUUAUGUGUGCAGUUUUAUCACUGCUUUUUUUUUAUGUACUGUAGUAUUUUUACAUACUGUAGUACUGGAUUUAAAAACUCAAAUGUAGUGAUUCUUUGGCUGUUAACUAAAUAUUCAAGUAUAAAACAAGCUUUUACAUUCUUUUUAUGUUGAUCAUUUUAUGAGCAUAUGGAAGGUCAUUUUUAAUAUGAACUUUUUAAGCAUUUUGAUCCACUUUAGAUCAUUUUUAUGUCCUUAGUGAAGGGAAAUUGGGGUUCAAUUUAUCACUGGACAUUCAAGAGGGAAGUUAAUCUUUUUUUAUUUCAUCAUAAAAUUAACAUUUUCAGAAGGUUUUUAUUUCUUUUUUUGUGUGGCUCUGGGAAUCAAACCCACAGCUUGGCAUUUGCUUGCUAUAUAACUCUUACUGAGUUGUAUUCCCAGUCUUGCAAAAGUUUUUAAACAUUUAACUUCUACUGUAGUACAAAGAAAUAUAUAUAAAAUGUUUACAUAUUUGUAGCUCAUAUGGAGUUGUUAUUUAAAGGUUAAAUAGCAAUUUCUUCUUUUGUUAGUUUUGCCUGGACCAGCAGCUUAGGGCAGUAGUCUGUGUCAUAAAAAUAUCUUCCUAUCACUUAAAAGAUUUUGCUUUUAAAAUUUUGCUUUACAGAUUGAGAAGAAAUAAAUUUUCUCUGUAAGUUUCAUCAUUUGAACACAUCUCCAUCAAAAAGAAUAUUAGAUUCCAGCAUGUAGUUGGUAAAAUAAUAAAAUUGAAGUACAUGCUUUAAAAACCAUGAAUCGGGUUUGAAUAUAGAAUCCUUCCACAUUUUUAAGAAAGAGACUUGGCUUGAAUUGUAGUGUCCUGAGAGUGAAGUAUUACAAUUCUAUUUCUGUAGCAGCAAGAUCUUACUAACUAUACCAAACUAACUGCUACUUCAUUAAUUAUAUGCCUUCCACUAAAUAGAUUGAGCAAGUGCUGAAUAGAAUGUUUACUUUUUUUGAGAUUGAACUCCCCAAUUUUGAAGUUAUGAAUGAAAUCCUGAAUUUUCCAAUUGAUUCCUUUUUUGUCUGCAUAUUUAGUUAAAGUUGAAUGUAAAAGGCAUAUGCUAUUCUUGGUGAUAGCUCGUCUUAGUUCUUCAUAGGUGAGCAUGGCCUCAACAAGUUCUUUCUCUCUUCUAUGUCAAGAUAUUAAAAAGCAUGAAAAUAAAAUUAGCCUUCCCUA